UGCACUCAACCACCGCAAGAACAACCACCGCAAGAAUUACGAGCGGAUGCAACAACCUCAAGUCUAUCCCCUAUCCAAAACCCUUUAAAUACUUGAGUUCUCCUCCACUUAACGCGCCACCACAUUUGAGCUCUACCACCCUCGAAAAUCCCACUUGUUCAAUCUUCACGUCCUGUUUUUCCUUUAUUCUGAGAUCUAUUUUUCUCAUUAUAUCCAAUUUCAGUUUUUAUGACUUACAGGUUCCGGAGCGAAUACUCAUGUUCUUCAAACCCCCUGGCGCUCUACCAUUCCUUUAAUUGCUUGGCCUACUUUCCUGAACAUGGAGGCGCAACUUGCUGAUACUCGUUUAAGUGAUUUCAUCACUAAUGACACAUCCUGGGAUAUGGCUAAGUUAGCAGUUGUUUUCUCUGCUGAUAUCUUGUCUCAUGUUGCAAGGAUCCCCUCCAGAUCUUCAGCAUCUUUUGUGGAAAGACAAGUAUUUGUAGACUACUACGUCUGUAAUUUUGGCUUACGCCCGCUUUGCAUCGAAAAAAAAUAUAAUAAUAAUAAUAAAAUCCAUCAACUAGCGCUCAUUUGAGCCGGAGGGCCCGGAUGUCAAAUAUUCGGGGUCUGACUGGGCGGUGCGUUUGUUAAUCAAGUGUGUAUCACCCCGCCCUUCUCCUCUCUCUUCUUUUACCAACCCCUCCCUCCCUCCUCUCUUCCCAAAGCUUUUCGAAAACUCCCGCUUCCUUUUACCUCCUCAUCUUCUUUCCCUCCAUUUUCUCUCCUCUUCGACUUAUAAUAACCUCUCUGGCCAUGGAUGCAUUCCUUCAAUCCUCUCCUAGUUCUCCGCCAUGGCGAAGCAGCACAAGGUCAGGAAGCAUGAGAAUAUAGGGAAGGGGAAGGUCACCCCUGUCCAGAUCGCCUUCAUCGUCGACCGCUAUCUCGCCGACAACAACUACACCGACACCCUCGCCGCCUUCCGAGCCGAAGCCUCCGAUCUCUUCUCCAAAACCAAGGGCAAAGAGGUGCCGAAGGGGCUGCUGGGGUUGGGGGAGAUACUGGACGAGUACAUAAGCUUGAAGGAGAAGAGGAUGAUGGUGGAUCAGGAGAAGUGGAGGGUGGAGAUGGCGUUGCAGGGCAUGCAAGAUGUGAUGCUGGCCUACCACUCUGCUGGGCCUCCUGCUCUUCCUCCUCCUCCCCCACUGCUUCCUCCUCAGUUUGUGGCGACGCCGGUGGCCCCGCUUCUUCCAGCAUCAUACCACAGCAGCGGUUCUCCUCCAGGCUGUAUGGUAAAUGGAGCUGCUGCUAUUACUAAUGCACAGCCAGCUACCAUGCUUACAAACAAAGCAGCUGAACCCCCCAAAUUUUCAACUCCAAUACCUAACUCUUCAUAUGCUAAUAAGAGAAAAGCUUCCAAGUCUGCUCCUCGAGUUCCUCCAGCUACAAAAAAGUCAUGCACUCAACCAUCUGCUGAAUCAUCUGUGACCGGAGGUAUUUCAUUACCCUCACAAGUGACACCCCCCAGUGACAAGCAAGAUAGUAUGGAGACUUCAGCUUUCCGGUCAGCAUCCAUCAACAAUCCUAUAGUUUCUUCUCCAGUCCAAGGAUCCGCUGUUGCAAGGAGCCUAUUCAAGCAGCCACUUGAGCCUCAGGCCAAUUCUUCUCCUAAAACCCCUCCACAACCACUUCCUUCUCAAGCUGACAAAUCAGUUUCUCCACCAGAAAAUACAUCCUGUCAAAUCACUGAUGCUAGCAUCUUGCAGGAUAUUCCUUCAUCCAAUUGCACCUUAAUUUCAUCUGAAACUAUUAUUGUCAGUCCUCUCAAAGUUACAGGUUAUUAUGCUAUCGAACGGAGCUAUCAUAUUAAUUCACCAUACAAAUCAAAUUCAAAGAAGAUGAGCAGAAGAGAGCAUGUGAAAGGGAGGCUGGAUUUUGAUAACCCUGAUGUGCAAAUGGGUUCCGAAGUUCCAGUUGCUAUCGACGGUUCUACUUCUACCUCUUCAUCAGAAGGAGAAAUCUCAGAAAGCUUUGACCUUGAUCUUCCAGAUUUUGAUAUCUUUAAUGGCGAUUUCUCCUUCUCUGAACUGCUAGCUGAUAUUGAUCUUGACUGUGAAAGAAUUCCUUCAUGCCAGCUACCUACUGAUUAUGCUGAUUUAAUUCCUGGGUUCGAGGAGAAUGCAGGCAAUGGAUGUUUGGAGACGAACAAAGUUUUACCUGAUUUUUCUAUGUCAACUGUAUCUGGUGUUCUUUCAGAAGACUUGAAUAUUCAAGAUUCUGUAAUGUCGGUGAGGACUCUAACGAAGCGAGUCAAAAUUGUAAGUCCUGCUAAAAACAGAAGAGAUUGCUCAUUUGAACAAAGAAGUUCAUCAAACUUGUAGUGGAUGAUAAAGCCGACUUGCAUAAUCUAGAAAUUACGCUGAGAUGAUUCCUCAGUGUUCUAACCUAUUGCUCCGUCACUGAAGCACUAGAUUUAGCGAUGUGUAUAUAAUUUGUAUCCUUUUCACCACUUAUUUGUUCACCUUAAUAUUGAUGUGUAGGCUGUGCUCUAAGCUCUCAUAUUCAGAAUUCAGGGCCAUUUAAUCAUCCAAUCUGGGAGUACCAAAAUUCAGUUCCAUGAGUAUUUUGACGUUGUUUCA